CCUGAAACGUUACAGAGUCGCCUCCACCUCUGCGUGGGACAGAGUAAAGUAACCGGGGAGCGUUUUUCAACAUCAAAACCAAGCGGAAUUCUGGAUUUUGCACGUUUUAUGGUUGAAUUUCAGUAUGGAUUCAUAAGCAGAUCCUGACUGCAGGGCGCUUCCUCUGCACCACAGCUUCCACAUUUUAGCCCCACAAUGUAUCAAACAAUACGGACGCUUUUACUAUCAAAUGCGCGGUGCUGGGAUGCCGACAGCAAGAGGUCGUACCAGGACUUGUUUGAACGGCUUGAUACCAAUAAAGAUGGGAAGGUGGACGUCGCUGAAUUGCGGGCGGGCCUCAAGGCGAUGGGCAUAUUCCGCCAGGGAGCCGCACAGAAAAUUGUCUCAUCUGGUGACCAAAACAAAGAUGGGAGCCUGGACUUCAGUGAGUUCAGCAAAUAUCUGAAAGAGCACGAGAAGAAGCUGCGGCUCACAUUCAAGAGUCUGGACCGCAACAACGAUGGGCGCAUUGAUGCCUCAGAGAUUCAGCAGUCCCUUGCAGAGCUGGGCAUGGAGAUAAGCAGAGAGAACGCCCUGAAAAUAUUACAGAGUAUGGACAUUGAUGGAACCAUGAUGGUGGACUGGAACGAGUGGAGAGAGCACUUCCUGUUAUGCCCAGCUCACAACCUGGAAGAGAUCAUACGCUACUGGAAACACUCCUCGGUGCUUGAUAUAGGCGACAGUCUCGCCAUCCCAGACGAGUUCACAGAGGAGGAGAAGAGCUCAGGUGUCUGGUGGAAGCAGCUUGCAGCAGGUGCAGUGGCGGGGGCCGUCUCUCGCACUGGUACUGCCCCUCUGGACAGAAUGAAAGUCUUCAUGCAGGUUCAUUCUUCUAAGACCAAUAAAAUAAGCCUGAUAGGAGGCUUCAAACAGAUGAUCAUGGAAGGAGGUCUGACUUCUCUGUGGAGGGGAAACGGGAUCAACGUUUUAAAGAUUGCACCUGAGACGGCCAUCAAAUUCAUGGCAUAUGAACAGUAUAAGAAGUUGUUAUCAUCAGAGGGACAGAAGACUGAGACACACAAGCGGUUCAUGGCGGGCUCUCUGGCCGGGGCCACAGCACAGACGGCCAUCUACCCAAUGGAAGUAUUAAAAACUAGACUGACCCUGAGAAAAACUGGCCAGUACUCAGGAAUGUUUGACUGUGCCAAGAAGAUCCUGAGGAAAGAGGGCGUCAAGGCUUUCUACAAGGGCUACAUUCCAAACUUAGUGGGCAUCAUUCCCUACGCUGGGAUCGACCUCGCUGUUUACGAGACUCUGAAGAACACUUGGCUGUCGCACCAUGCGACGGACUCAGCUAACCCCGGGGUUCUGGUGCUGGUGGCCUGCGGGACCAUCUCCAGUACCUGCGGCCAGCUGGCCAGCUAUCCACUCGCACUUGUACGCACGCGUAUGCAGGCACAAGCGUCUCUGGAUGCAUCUGACCAGUCCUCCAUGAGCAGCCUGAUGAAGAAGAUUGUAGCCAAAGAUGGGUUUUUUGGACUCUACCGGGGCAUCCUGCCCAAUUUCAUGAAAGUCAUUCCCGCUGUCAGCAUUAGCUACGUGGUUUACGAGUACAUGAAGACUGGCUUAGGAAUUUCCAAAUGAUGCUGCAAGCAAAUGAAAAAGACUACUUAUUUGUCAGACUUGAAAAUGCCUGAAAUAACUCCAAGAAAAACAGACAGAUAUUAAAACAUACAGAGCAUGACUUUCGCCAGCUGGCCACAGGAGCUCAGUGGAUGGAAAACUAUAUGUAUCCCACCAAGAGUCGUCAGUCGGUAGCUAAAGCAUUUAUCAUUUCUGCGGAGCAUGCUUUAAUUUUUAUCCUGCUGUUACACAUGAUGCACUCCCAAAAUAUGUACGCCAUCCAAAGCAAUACUUGACAUAAAGAUAGCACUGUACAGCCAUAAGAAAUAGAAAUAUACAUGAUGGGUUGUUAAUUCAUCCUGCUGUUUUUCCUUUAAAACUGUGAUCAUCCAAAGUUGUAGCUCAUUGGGACAUACUAUUGUUCUUUUUGGUAACUAAGAAAUAUUGUCUUAAGAAGAAGCUGGACUUUAUCCAGUGGGGAUGCACAGCAGAGUUGAUGGCCUUAUUUUGAGGUCAAAUUACACUACAGUAGGACUGCACGAUAUGCAAAAAAUAAAUAAAAUUUUAAAAAUCAUAUUGCAAUUAUUUUGACAGAUAUUGCAAUAUGAGUCACUUUUUUUGUGGGAAUGGUAAUUUUUGCAUUUUAUUUUAAGUGAGAAAAAUAUGAAAAAUUAAGAUGAUUAUUUACCUUUUGGUCUGUACCAAACAAGCAUGUUCCCUUGCGUCUGAAUGGAACAUGAUUUGUUAGUUGGGGCAUCUCUGUAGCUCCAAAAUGCUAGAUUUAUAAUCGUAUCUUGUGACCAAUUUUAUCCUUAUCAAAAAAUUGCAGCUCCUGGAUUUUGGAAAUUGCACUUGGCCAUACUGCAAUUUCUAUAGUAUUUCAAGUAAUUGUGCAGCCCUACACUACGCCAGUUUAAAUGUUAAAGUCCACACCCUAAAGAGGUAAUUUAAUACUUUUCAAAGUUGUAAACACCUGCCUCCAGAGUGACAUCAGCUUCAGACAAACAGUGCUCCAGCCAGCAGCUGUUAACUAAAAAUAACUGGCCUUAAAAAAAUCAAUAACUUAAACACUGGAAAACUGUGUGCAUGAAGACAAUGUAAUGUGAAAAAUUACUGAUUCUGUGUGUUAUUUGAUAAUAAUUUCAAUGUGCCUUACAGCCAUUCAAUGUGAACUCUGACAUCAACAAAUGUGUUUUUUACCAUAUAUAUACUGUAUUUAUGUACUGUAUAUAUAUCAUUUGUCAGUUAUUAUUAUUUAAAGGUUUGGAUGAUAGUUACUAACACUUUAAAACAGUAAUAACUGCUUGUUGGACUGAAACACUUGCAAGGAGCAUGGUUUUGUCUUGUGUCACUUGUCAUUUCAACACACCAAGACCCCCACCCACAAACGCACACAUACACACCCGCAACAGGAUACUGUUACCUUUAACAUUGUGUUACUUGUUCUCCCACACAGUGCUGGGACAUAUGUAUCUGUUUACCAUGUAAAAAUGACAAUCAGCCUAUUGUCUUUACUACAAGUUACAAUAAUGUGGAUUUAAAGAAACUUUAAAACUGGUCUUGAUUUCAUAGUAGUGAACCUGAACAUGUGAAAACUUUACUUCGAAGUUUAAAGGGGAACUACACCCAUUUUCAAAAUUUAUUAUUAUUCCUGUGGUUUGAGACAAGCCUAGAGUAGAUGAGAACAACUCUCUCCCAAAUCUGCAAACUAGAGUGUUAAAAUUUGUGAUGUCACAUGGUACAAAAUGCAGAGCUGCUCCAUAGAAAAUGAAUUUGGAAACAUGGUCUAGAUUAGUGGUUCCCAACUAGUGGGUUAUGGGUCCACUCUGAAUGGACCGCAAGUGACUUGAGAAUGUUUCAACUUUGUAAAACACACACACACACACACACACACACACACACACACACACACACACACACACACACACACACUUUAUUUUGUAGUACAAAUAAUUUUCAGCAAGGAGAUUUUAUUUUGAAGUGCUGUUUCCUGCUGUAGAGUGAGUGAAUAACAGACAACUACUUAACAGACAUAUCAAACCAGCUGGAAGACAUGGCCAAAGGUCAUGACAUGCAUGAUGUAUGAUGCUGAAUAUAUUAAACUGUGUGGACCUUGAAUUGAUGACUGAGGAGAAACCUGGACCCCUUGACUGGACCAUCUACUAUGACUGACACUGAGAGCACUCAUGGGUACAUUUUCUGUUUCAGAAUUGAGAAAACUACAAAAAAAAUAAAAACGAUUUGGGUGUAAAAAAAAAAAAAAGACAACAAACAAAUAUGUGGUUCCACAAAAUCAGACUCCCAUUCAUUAUGAAGCAGCUCCAUACUUUAUACUUGAUGAUAUCCCAAGUUUGAAACUGACCUCUCUGGUUUCUGGCUUUUAGAGAGAGUAGGUCAUGUUCAUUAAUAUUGAU